UGGAGUUGUCUGCUUUUUCCUUUCACCUUGGUUUUAAAUUACUCACGCUUUCUUUUCAAAAUUGAUGUGGGAUAAUCAAAAUAUAGACGAAUCCAGUUUCUUCGUUUAUGCUCUCUUAAGCCCAAUUGACUAUCUCAGAUAACAUGAGCCUGUAGGCAUUUGUUAUUGGGCCUACUGUUAUUGGGCCGUUCUACUAUCCAAAACUCCAACCUCAGCAAAACAUGGCGUCUCGAACCAGUUCCCAAUUUUGAAUCCCCACCCUACCCCCUUACUGCUCCAUGCCCGCAAUCAUUUACUGGUGACAGCCAAUACAGUUUCAGCUUCCCCAUCAAAAUGGAGUUGUUCAUUAUUAUCGUCCGCAUCUGGAUCUGAAAGUUGCCACCGCAAUAUAUAUAUCGAAAGUGCCGACAGUUUCAGAUCUUCAUUUUUUGAACGAUGAGCGGUUGAGGUACAAAGAGGAUGGGACUGAGCAGUAGCAAGCACAAUGCGCCGUCCACGUCGGCGUCUGCAUCGUCCUCCGGAGCGUCCGUGCGGCGGAGCCGAUCGAGUCGGCGGCGAGUUUUGAAGUCGGCUUGUCUCCGAUCUCGCCGCUCCGAUAAUGAUGAGCCGCAGGUCUCGGAUUCCGCAAGUGAAGAUUACGGAAAGACUUCCAUUUGUCCACGUGAAAAUAAACCACGCCCUUGUCCUGCUUCUACUGAAUGUUACAGGACAGAUAAAUUUCAGGAGAAUAAUGAAAUGAACUGUGUGAACUCUGGCAUCAGCCUCAAUGAGUGGGGCGAAUCAAGCUUCACCAAUAGCGUGUCUGAAGAAGGCAAUACUUCUACUGAUUUCUCGUCUGGCUCAUUGAACCCUCCCAGCCGAUUCCUCUCCCGCUUCAGUUUCCAUCCUGGGAACAUAAGCUUCCGUCUCUCGAGAGCCAACAGCAUAAACUCGGCCAGGUCAUAUCCCACAUCCUCUGCGGGUUUCACAAUUUCAAAUGAACAAGAAGAAGAUUUGGCGGGGCCUUCGUGUAGUAUGGCAGAUAGGAGCAACAGGUCACGGGGUUGUGAAUUUAUUCCUGCUUGCUUUGCCAAUAGAUAUCCUGGAACACCAGAUGAGAACUGUGUGUCUAACUCGAGUCCUGUUUUAACAGAGAGUUUCCACGAUAAUUUUAAUAACAGACAGUUAAAUUCUGGUGGUGAUGUAUAUAGGAGUGGAAAUGAUAUGAGAGAAAAUUGUGAUUUGAUAUUUUCUCCUAUAAAUCAUAUUAACUCGGAUGGUAGUGGAACAAGACAUGCUGAAAGAAGGAUUUCCGUCCGGGAACCUGUAGACCGAAAUGUACGGUUUAGUAGAACUUUAAGUGUGGGUAGGCUUCGUGACAGAGUCCUACGAAGAAAUCCAACGGUCGAUGUUGAUUUGUAUGAAUUUCAGCAAGAUAGGGAAGUUAUACUAACUCGUCGACCUACAGAAAGAGAGAGUCUAGACCACGUGGAAGUUGAAUCAACAUCUGAUGGAAAUAACAAUGUCGGUCAGCAAGCUUUGUCGGAUAAUGUCUCGUCUAGUUUUUCUAACCCUUUUUAUGAUGGUCAAAAUAACGUCUACGGAACUCCACGAACUAGAGAGACCAGGUACCGUGAUCUACUUGAGCACAGGUCAAAUUUUCUUGAGCGCAGGAGAAGAAUAAGAUCACAGGUGCGUGCACUUCAGAGACUAGGAAGCCGUUUCGAGAAUCUGUCUAGUCAUGAGAGGUCUUGCAUCUUAUCUGGUCAGUACCGUGGAGGUCAUUGCACUUGCCGAAUGGCCACUCGGGAUGGUAGUUCGAAUGACGAUGCUAAUGCUAGGGCUAGCAUAUCGAGAAUCGUCAUGUUAGCUGAGGCUUUAUUUGAGGUCCUGGAUGAAAUUCACCAGCAAUCUGUCGUUAUAUCCUCUCGGCCAUCUGUUUCUUGCAUUGGAUCUGUUCCGGCACCUAAUGAGGUGGUGGAUUCCUUGCCAUUGAAGAUAUUUAGCAAAUUGAAGAGGAAGCCAUGUGACGAAACUGAUCAAUGCUACAUAUGCCUUGUUGAGUAUGAAGAUGGAGAUAGUGUGAGAGUACUUCCUUGCCAACAUGAAUUCCACAGAGCAUGUGUUGACAAAUGGCUCAAAGAAAUUCACAGGGUAUGUCCCCUUUGCAGAGGUGACAUUUGUCGACCUGACUUAUUAACUGCGGCAAGCUGAUGAUGGCCGGUUUAUUUAUUAUUGGUUCUCUUAAAUAUCGUAUAGCCCAUGAUGACACAAUGGCUUACUAGCUCGUUUUUACUGAUGGCGUUUCCUUAUUUUCAUUGUCUCUGUAUUUUGUUAAAUUGGGCUUCACAAAGGCGAUAUAUUUCUCCCGGCUUGAAGUUUUGGUGUGAAAGCAGGGAAAGCAUGGAUUUUUCAACUUUUUCUCGACAUUUAAAUGCUCCUUUUGCUGCUUGGUUGGUUUGAAGAUGAAUAUUGUUGUAAAAUGUGUAUCUUAUGUGUGAGCUUUUAUAAUCAAUGUUUCAGGCUCAUCUCAUUUGGGGAUGACAACUUCAAAGUGCUUUAUUCUUUAUUACACAAUAUAUAAAUUUCCUUCGAUUUGAUUGUGAACUGUCGAAGGAUAUGUGGAAAAAAAUAUUGUCCAAGUCAUGUACAACACUUUGAGUAGAAAAAUCACAUCCCCCAAUAUAUUAAUUCAGAACGUGUUGAGUCUAAUUGGUAUGCUCGCAUGCUUCGGGAUCUUAUGCGGCAAAAUUACAUGCUUUGUU